AUGACUUCAAGUUGUGGGGCUAUUGACAACGUGGAAUUCGCGAUUCACGUACCUGACGCCGAGCACACCUUUCCAACCUCUGGCUUACCCACAUCUAAUCAAUGGAAUCAAGAAAAUUGGUGUAAAUGCAAACCUUCCGAUUCAAACACCAGUACUAACAAUGCCUGUUGUCAUACGUCUACUUGUGCCGAAGGAUCCAAGACGACUAUAGAACAUUGUUUUCACGAUUAUGCUCAAGAGUAA